GAGACUGUUUUACUAUGCAUAUGCAUAUUUGACAACGCCAAAGGUUGUGAAUAUUAAACUUGGUAUGUAAGUUAAAGGAUAUUUAUCGAAUAUACACAGAAGUGUUUGUUCCAAACUUCUCGCAAAACGAAAACUCGGGAUCGAUCUAAAGUCGCUAAAUGUUUGCCAAACUAACACUUGAAGAAGAAGGGGAACAAAAGCUUAACGGCGUAUUCUACCGGUGCCAAACAGUAUAGACCAAAAGGACCGGAACAUUGCAGGGAAUGGGCUGAAUUCUUCAAUGUUUGCUCAAGAAUUUAAUCAAGUGAGUGUGCAAUUGCCAAUGCCAAACCAGGAGACGUCGUGUUUCAAUUCUUUGAUUGAAUAUGGUAACAAAUUUUACUUCGUUUAACUUGAAUUCAACAACCGUUGCUGUAUCUUACGAAUUGCUGAGCAAUGUUACUAGCAUAAACAACAUCACGGAGUCGUUACAGAAGGAAGAGGCCACUGGAGAGGCCUAUACUCUAGCAGAGAGCAUCAUAAUAGGGACAAUUUUGUCUCUGUUCAUUUUUGCGGCUGUUUUUGGAAAUGUGCUCGUGUGUGUGGCUGUGUUUAAGGAUAGAAGACUCAGACAUCGGACAUAUGCUUUCAUAGUCUCUUUAGCUAUAGCUGAUCUGCUAAUGGCCUUGUUAGUUAUGACAUUUGCAGUCGUCAACGACAUUUUAAACAAGUGGGUUUUUGGACCUGUCUUCUGUAACAUUUGGAUUUCUUCCGAUAUUAACUGCUCUACAGCAUCCAUCUUAAAUUUGUGCGCCAUAAGUCUGGACAGAUACAUUCACAUAAAAGAUCCAUACAAAUAUAAAACUUUCAUGACUAAGAAAAUGAUGGUCAUCAUCAUAUCCACUGUGUGGAUUUCGUCCUUGACCUUGUCAUUUUUACCAAUUCACUUGCAAUGGCAUCGCAAUGCGGAAGACCGAUACAAACCUAUUCCAGAAAACGUUUGUUUGAUGGAUCUCAACCCUGUGUAUUCUGUAGUUUCAUCAACCAUUAGCUUUUACUUACCCUGUAUUAUAAUGCUUAUUAUUUAUAUGCAGUUGUACUGUGCCGCACGAAGCCAUGUCAAGGAAAUACGCAAGACAAGUUUUCACAUGCCAAACGGCGGUAAAGGAGGGGGAUCCGGGUCCAAGGACCACAAAGCUGCCGUGACUUUAGGAAUUAUUAUGGGUGUUUUUCUGUUGUGUUGGAUGCCUUUCUUUGUGAUGAAUUUGGUGGAAGCAUUUUGUAAGUGUGUUCCUAUAGUGAUGUUUAAAAUUUUAACUUGGCUGGGAUAUGUGAACUCAUGCUUAAACCCAAUCAUUUACAGUAUCUUUAACAAAGAAUUUAGGCACGCUUUCCGAAAGAUCCUCUUUCCCGAUUCAUGUAAAUGCGUGAGACCUAAACGCAAUAGUUAUGCACAGAGUAGUAGGUCAACAACCAAAUCUUUAAUUCCAAAAUCGGAGUAUAUCAUGCAUUCGAUAGAAAACGGGAACAGGAGGGAUUGCAAAGAACCUUUAUGUGCAGAGGCCACACCUCUUUAGUUACACGUGAUAAAAGUGAUUGAAGGGGUCAAAGGUGUGCUCGAUUUUCUUUACUCGUUAACACUGAUAUUAAUGGUAACAAAACCGUUGCAAAGAGCUGUGAUUCAUUUUGUUUUGCAUGUUUAUUAUGUUCAGAUUUCCGAUAUAUAUGUAUAUAAGUGUGUAAUCCAAAUCAGAAUAGUUUACAUAGGCUGGUUGAGUUGAAUGAUGUUUUCAUUUCUACUGAAAUUAUAUCACUGUUCUUGGCUAUCAAUACUAGUUAUAGAUUGUUCCGACUUGUGAAAAAUCAAUAAAUCUCUUAUGUCCACAAAAAAUUAAUGCCACUCCGCAUUAAACUGUUCCCUUUUAAUUUGGUCGUUAAAAUUUUGUAAAAAGAUGAAACGGGUCAUCAGUUUCAAAAAGAUUUACCUAUCAUUUACCACCAUGGGCCCCAUAUCGCAUAAGUAUUUCUGUAUACACUGUUAGUUGAUAAAGAAAAUUUACUUAAACUUUUUUUUUCUAAUUUGCAAUACACUGCGUGGAAUCUUGAUGCCUUGCACAGCGCCAAGGCAGACGAACUAGCUCCCAGUAAGUUUUCACAGUGCUAGUUUAUCCAUUAUAUUAAUCAAAUGCAGACAUAAUCAAACUCGGUGACAGAGCUACCGACAAAGUGAGAUAUUUUCUCCCGAUGUUGGGGAACUUUUCUUGUAUAUUUUGUAGAUGAAGCGAUAUGAAAUUUCUGAUAUUCUAAAGGAUGCCUUAUGAAUUUCAUUUACGUGCCAUCAUUUUUUUUUACAAUCGACCGUAGCACACAAACACAUUAUUUGACUCAGAUUUUCUUUUGUUUGUUGUUAAGAGUACUCAUUGAAACAGAAAAAAGAAUAUCACAAAUGGCCAGGGGUUUAUAGAUACAUGUACGCUAACAGCCAGGCGUAACAAAUGUUGUUUAGGUUUCAUAUUAAGUCAAAACAACAGUGUUUAGCGAAUUGAUUGCUAAAAAUUUCCAUUUUGUGAAUUUUUGCAAGAGUUCUAAUCUAUGGUGAAAAGUAAAUUAUCCUUUAAAAUGAGCUAUUGAUGGUAUAUGAAUAUCGAUUAAUUUGAAAUAGAAUGAAAACGAUUUCCAUCGUUAGCGAGGACAAAUAUUGUCAAAUAUCAUAAUCAGGAAUUGUUUGUAGGGUUGUUCGAGAUCAAUUGUCAAUGAAUAAGGUUUUCAAGCUAGUGGCAAGAUGUGAAGAAUACGUUAGUAAUGGUCUCAGAUUUAUUUACCCAAAACUAGUCCCUAACCAAUUAACGACACUUCGUACUUUUAAUUUUAUAUCGGUCCUGCAUAUAAAAAUGAAACUCUUCGGGGUGGGGAGGGGGAAUGGGGG